CUUGAGUUCCCAAGUCGUACAUUUUCAAUGAGGUGCUGAGGUCAAGGGGAAAUAAGCAUGGCCGCCUUGUUAAGAGGGCAUUGGAAUUUUUAUAAAAGGUUCAAUAAACAUGUGGACCUCACGCUGGUAUCCCAUAGAUCAAUGGCUUCCAAGACCCCAGUGGGUUUCAUUGGACUGGGUAACAUGGGUACACCCAUGGCUAGAAACUUGCUGAUGCAUGGAUAUCCUGUAAUUGCUACUGAUGUCUUCCCACAGUCUUGCAAAGAGCUUCAGGACUCAGGAGCACAGAUCCUGGAUUGCCCCGCCGAAGUGGCAGAUAAAGCUGACCGCAUCAUCACCAUGCUACCGUCCAGCCCCAACGUCAUAGAGGUUUACACAGGACCCAACGGGAUCCUUAAGAAGGUUAAAAAAGGCACACUUCUCAUUGACUCCAGCACCAUCGACCCUGCAGUAUCCAGGGAGAUGGCCGUUGCCGCUGAGAAGAUGGGUGCAGUGUUCAUGGAUGCUCCAGUGUCAGGAGGUGUUGGUGCAGCAAUUCUGGCUAAACUCACCUUCAUGGUAGGCGGAGUGGAAGAAGAGUUUAAUGCUGCCAAAGAGUUGCUCACCUGUAUGGGAGCAAACGUAGUGUACUGUGGCCACGUGGGAACUGGCCAGGCAGCGAAAAUCUGCAACAACAUGCUGUUAGCGAUUGGCAUGAUUGGUACAGCAGAGACCAUGAACCUCGGAAUUAGAUUGGGUUUGGAUCCGAAGCUACUAGCGACGAUUCUGAACAUGAGCUCAGGGCAGUGCUGGUCCAGUGACGCAUACAACCCCGUCCCAGGUGUCAUGGAAGGCGUGCCGUCUGCAAACAACUACCAGGGAGGCUUUGGCACUACACUAAUGGCUAAAGAUCUUGGUUUAGCCCAGAACACUGCUACCAAUACCCAAACCACAAUUCCUCUUGGCUCUUUGGCGCAUCAGAUCUACCGCAUCAUGUGUGCCUGUGGCUAUGCUAACAAAGACUUUUCCUCCGUCUUCCAGUUCCUACGAGAGGAGGGGGUACAGUAAGCCUGUGCAACCCAGUACAAAUGGAAGUGACCCAGACAGACUCUGUAUGAACAAAAUGGAAAAGAUGUUCGACUGGUUUUGUGUUGAUAUGCAUGUGUGUCUAUUUUGAGAGUGAUAUCGUGUUGACGCUAAUGAUUAUUUAGCAUUGAGAUUCCAAUACCUCUCUGUUAGGUUUUAGCCUGAUGCUGAUGAAAACGGUGAAGUGAAAAAUUCAUAGAAUUUUAAAAGCUCCUGAUUUAAUGAGCCUGUCACGUCUGAUCCAAUACCUCUUAAACUCAACCUCAAACUUCACAUUAAAGAUUAGUUCUCAGAUUUGUAUGACUGGUUUAAACUGUUACUCUGAUACAUAACCUUGCUUGCAUCAUAUGGUUGUCUGCAAAUGUUUACACAUACAGUCAUUUUUUUCUUUUAUUUCAUUGGAAGAGAAAAAUCCUACUUUGCCUGUAUUGGGGUGUUUUCAGUAGUGAGCCAAGUUUGAUUUUGCAUCUUGACUUAUCAAAAGCUGCUAAAAAUGGAUAAGUUACUGAUCUUAAAGACAUACCUCAUCCCAAUCAGUUUUGCUUAAACUGAUUCCAGACUGUGAAUUGUUUUACAAAAAGCCACAAAUCCCUCCUUUAAUCUGGAGAUUGCGCUUUUCAAAUGAGAACAUUCACAUAAAGUGAAAAAGUUCACAUAUUUACAUUCUGCCAUUUCCAUCUUUUUUAUUGAUUCUAACUGUCAUUUAUUUAAGUGUCUGUUUCUUUUGCCAUUGAACAAAGGGUUUUAUGCCACCCCAGUGUGUAUGUACAUAUGUGUAUUUGUAAUGCUGUGUUCAGAGCUGUUGAUGACUGUUGAGACUCACUCUAAACGGAGACAAAUGCCAUCUGUGUGCUAGGCACUUACACUCACCCAAGACUCAUGUUGUGUCUUCCAUACUAAAUGUUCUAGUUGGCAUGAUUUCCUCAAUAAAGAGAAAGUUAA